UUAGUGAUGGUCCAAGGUUACAGUUUGCAAUUACAGAAAAAUAAAAUUAAGGAAAUAUGGAGAGUGAAAAAUUCCUUUUAGACUUGCACUCACUUGACCUUUCGCCUCAAUUCCACCCGCCACCUCGUCUCUGGGUAGCUAUCCUGACAAUUCUCUCGUCAACCCUGCUCAACCUACUUGAUCUGUUAUUUUCCAAUUAAACAAAUUUCCCCUAGUUUUAUUAGCUGAUUCUUUAGCUAAUUUCAGUGUGAUGUAGGGUAAACGGUAACUAUGGAGAAUAGCAACAAUCAUUGUCUCUCAAUCACACCUUCAAGCUUAGUACUUUUAUCAAUUAUUGGGUUUAUUACCUUGAUCUUGAUCCGGGUUUUAUACAUUAUACAUCGGAGCAGCCAACCUCGUAGUGCCUCGUCACGGCAAAAGCCCCUCAGCACCCUCAUUGUUCUGGGUUCGGGUGGUCAUACAGCAGAGAUGAUUAAUUUGUUGAACGUGCUUCAGAAAAAUAGUUUUACGCCUAGGUAUUAUAUUGCUGCUGCGACUGAUAACAUGAGCCUUCAAAAGGCACAAGUUCUUGAAAACUCUUGGCUCAAUGAGGGAGGAGUUGAAGAGGUUGGAUCUGCUAAAUUCAUGCAGAUAUACCGAAGCCGAGAGGUCGGUCAAUCAUAUAUAACCUCUGUUGGAACCACCUUAAUUGCUUUGGCUCAUGCAUUGUGGCUAAUGAUAAAGAUCAGACCUCAUGUGGUAUUUCAUAUACCUUAUACACGACACUCUCUCUAUAAACUACUGAUUCUUGGAAUUAGAUGGUCAUAUAUAUUCUAUGUUGAAAGCAUUGCAAGAGUGAGGAGGCUUUCUUUAAGCGCACUGCUUCUUUACAAACUACGCAUGGCUAAUCAGUUAUUUGUGCAGUGGCCACAACUAAAAUCAAAAUAUCAUCGAGCUCAUUAUGUUGGGCGUCUUAUGUAACUCAUUCAUUUUUGCAGCUGUUCAAAGUUUCAUGAAACUUGGGCUAUGACUUGCACGCCAAUCAUCUGGGAGGAUGACUUGACUUACCGUGUAUUUGAUGGAGAUGGUUCUAUGAUAAAAUGUACAAUUUGCAGGGAGAAAAAAAUUAGCUCAGUGUUAGCUGUUCUUUGUACUCAAUGGUGAAUAUUACUUAAUGUGGCAGGGGAAGUUGACAGCAACUACCUUGGGGUUCCAUCAACGGACAGCAAGUACACUGACGUAUACUUUUUAGCCCUUAGUUCUUCUUUCUACAACUGCUUUAUAUACCAAAGCAUCUUAAUUUGGUAUAACAUUGUAAGAGGUGGAGGAAAAGGCAAUGUGAGCAUGGAAAAUAGAAAUAGGUUGUAGACAUGUAUACCACUCUGGGCAAAACUGGUGAUUUUUCGAGAAGAAGGGGGCUCUUUGUGCUGAUUAUAGUGCGGUAAAAAUUUUAUUUGACACAGCUAUUGACUCUUCUCUCAUCAGUUAUUUGUUGAAUUUGAUGCUCAGGAGUUUUUAAAGGAUUUAUAAUAGAACUUUGACACGCAGCAUA